UAUAUCGUCGCUGUCCGAUGAAAAACACGUAUCUCCAGUUUUUGCGUUUUUUACUUUUUUUCAUGUGUUGAAUGUGGGAAUGCAUCUCUACCUAUCCAUACAAGUGAAGAUGAAAAUGACCAAUCAAAAGUCUGAAAAAUCGCUCAUCUGUUUUCCGCGUAUCUCCAUUGGCUGCUAGACCUGUCUGUCAAACCGCGUAUCUCCUCCUCCCAACCCCCGCCACCUCUCUCUGUGGACGUGAAGAAAGUUGUUCUCCGGCAGCGUAGCUCAAACACUCAAGACCAGAAAUGUCUCUCUCAUUGAAAGAGCUAUGUGCACUGGUAAAUGUACCGUAUGAUAGGACACUGGAGGAAAAGGUGUUUAGUGAGGAAGAUGAGGAAGACGAGGAAGAGGAUGCACUUUGCCCCAGAAAUAUCUCUGGACAAGAACAGGCCACUGAGGAUGUGCAAGAUCAGGUGGAACAUAAUGAAUCCGAAAAAGACGAUGCACAUUGUUCAAAAAAUAUCUCUGGACAAGAGGAUGCUGCUGAUGGACAAGAUCAAAUGGCACACAAUGGAUCUGAACUAGUGGAGGGCAAUAAAGAAAAUGAUGUAGCUGAGGAGGCUUUAGGUGGAGAGUCUCGCAUUGGAAGACCAAAAAGGCGGACAAACACAGAGACCUGGAAAGUCAACACUCAGAAAAGGAGAAGAAUGAUGGGUCAGUCAUAUCUUGGAAGAAGGCAAAAUGAGGAAGUGACGAGGGAAGAAAGAAAAAUGGGUAGGCCAUGCCAGUCUGUAUUUUGUAGGAAAUCGAAAAAGCUGCACUGUGAAGCAAUACAGGAAGCGGACAGGGAGGCAAUUUUUAAAUACUUCUGGGAAAAAUUAGACUGGAGGGAGAGGAAAAUUUAUGUUGUGUCACUGGUAGAUGUAGGCCCUGUGAGAAGACGACGGACAGGAGAAGAACAGUCAAGGAGGUCAGCAUCCAUUCUGUGUCACCUUAAAGUGGAUGGCAAAAGGACCAGGGUAUGUCAGAGCAUGUUUCUUUCAACACUAGGGAUCAAGCAGUGGUGCUUUCUAAGUUGGGUUGGCCGGAGAGAGCCUGAAAAGAUAAAGAAAACCAGCAUCAGGAAUGAAGAGGUUGAGUUCCUUCAGCAGUUUCUAAAGGACCUUCCUAAGGUUCCAUCUCAUUACUGCAGAUCUUCCUCUACAAAAAUGUACUUGGAACCUCUUUUUAAAUCCAUCAGUCAUCUUCAUUCUGAAUACACCCAUGCUUGUGCAGAAAAUAAUGUCCAGUCUCUUUCAAGACAAGUAUUCAGUAGCAUUUUUAACAAAUUAAAUCUCUCGCUGUUUCACCCCAAGAAAGAUCAGUGCAAUACGUGCUGUUCAUAUAAAGUUGGAAACAUAGAUGCUGGCACAUGGGAAGAACAUUGCAGGAAGAAGGAGUCAGCAAGAGUGAGCAAGCAGGAAGAUAAAAACAAUGCAACUGAGAAAACAAUGGUGGUGUGUAUGGAUCUGCAGGGUUUACUUCUUUGCCCCAAACUUCAAGCCUCAGCACUCUACUAUAAAACCAAGCUUGGUGUCCACAACUUCACAAUGUACAACAUGGCAACCCAUGAUGCUACUAAUUAUUUGUGGCAUGAAGGGGAAGGUGGACUCACAGCUAAUGAAUUUGCUUCAUGUAUCAUCCACUUCCUUGAGGAACACAGCAUGCAUGAUGAAUACAUCUUAUGGAGUGAUGGAUGCAGCUAUCAAAAUCGCAACAUAGUUUUAAGCAAUGCUCUGCUGAAGUUUGCAACUGAGAAGCAAAAGGUCGUUACCCAGAAGUACUUGGAAAAAGGGCAUACACAAAUGGAAUGCGACUCCGUGCACAGCGUGAUAGAGAGAAGACUGAGAGACAGAGACAUCCAUGUUCCAGCCGAGUAUGCCACGGUGAUCAGAGCAGCACGGUCCAAUCCCAGGCCAUACAAUGUGCAAUAUGUCAACCACAGUUUCUUCCAGGACUACAGCAAGCUGAAGCUUUGUAAGUCCAUCCGUCCUGGCAAAAACCCUGGAGAAUCAACUGUGUUUGACCUCCGGGCUAUCAGGUACAACGUGGAUGGUACCAUGGACUACAAAACUGUCCAUGCAGAUGACUGGACACCUUACCUCUCACCCACUCUUAGGAAGAGGAACAGUGACACCACAGUGCUACCACUGUACACAUCCAGCCUGAGAAUCAAGGCGCUGAAAUACAAGCACCUCCAAGAACUUAAGAAUUUCAUUCCCAAGGACUUUCAUGGAUUUUAUGAUUCACUUAACUAUGAGUGAUAUGCAUCACCAGUCUGCAGGUUCACUGUUUAAUGUGGAGUUGGCUCACGUGUGUACAUAAAAAAAAAAAAAAGCCACAGACCAUUUUCUUGAGUCUGACUGUGAGUCUCAAAACAUGAUUUAUGUGUUUUCCUAAUGAUUUCCCACAAGUAAUUAAGAUUUGUAUCCAAUAUCUACAUGGAAUUUAGUUAUUUAUCAAAAAGAGAUAUAACAUUUUAUUAGUAGUUGAUACAGGUUAUUCUAUUGAAAUGUUUGUUGGUUCGUAUGUUUUUUCUUGUACAUAUCUGAAAUUUAUAUGAGGUUUUUAUUAAAUGAUUGACGUUUCCUCGUACAGUAAAUAAUAACUUGAUUUAUAAAUUACAUUGUCUGUAACUUUUAAAUUUGUAUUAGUUGAAAGGUAUCUAAGUGACAUAGUAAAACAUUUCUUAAUAAAUCUAUAAAUAUC